UGAGUCUGAACGGCUUCCGGCGAACUCAGGGAAACUGGCAAGUUGAACCCAGAGGCGGCGGCGGUUGCUGCUACGGGACCCUGGUGACGGGGCUCUCUGCGGUCGCCUGAGGCCGGGCGGGCGGGAUGUUGCGGAGUCUGGGCAGCUGGUUUGGCUUGGAACAGGCGUCCGCAGGGGGUGAACCUCCGGCCGGGGGUAGCCCCGAAGAGGCGGCCGAGGCAGGGAAUGAGCCCGAGCAGCGUCCGGGGGAGUCGCGGGAAGGAGACGAGGAGCCUCUUCUCCACCAGGCCAAAGGCCUCGGCAAUUACCUAUUUAACUUUGCCACUGCUGCUACAAAAAAGAUAACCGAAUCAGUUGCUGAAACAGCACAAACAAUAAAGAAGUCAGUAGAAGAAGGGAAAAUAGAUGAUAUCAUUGAUAAGACAAUUAUAGGAGAUUUUCAGAAGGAACAAAAAAAAUUUGUGCAAGAACAACAUACAAAAAAGUCAGAAGCAGCAGUGCCUCCGUGGGUUGACAGCAAUGAAGAAGAAACAAUUCAGCAACAAAUAUUGGCCUUAUCUGCAGACAAAAGAAACUUCCUGCGUGAUCCGCCAGUGGGUGUUCAGUUUAAUUUCGACUUUGAUCAAAUGUAUCCUGUUGCUAUGGUAAUGCUUCAAGAAGAUGAACUGCUGAACAGAAUGAGAUUUGACCUUGUUCCUAAACAUGUAAAAGAGGAAGUGUUUUGGAGGAAUUACUUUUAUCGUGUCUCCCUGAUUAAACAGUCUGCACAGCUGACUGCGUUGGCAGCCCAGCAACAAGCCAUAGGAAAAGAGGAGAACAGUGGCAGAGAAGGCGAUUCACAACUGACAGAGGCAGUCCGACCUAAAACACCACCUGUUGCAAUUAAAUCUCAGCUUAAACCUCAAGAGGAUGAGGAAGAGAUAUCAACUAGCCCUGGUGUAUCUGAAUUUGUUAGUGAUGCCUUUGAUGCUUGCAGCUUUAAUCAGGAAGAUCUAAGAAAGGAAAUGGAACAGUUGGUGCUUGACAAAAAAGAGGAAGAAAUGACUGUAUUGGAAGAAGAAUCUGCAGAUUGGGAAAAAGAACUACAGCAGGAACUUCAGGAAUAUGAAGUGGUGACAGAAUCAGAGAAGCGGGAUGAAAACUGGGACAAAGAAAUUGAAGAAAUGCUUCAGGAAGGAAAUUAACUGUUUCAUGGAAUACAGCAUAAUCUUUAAAUGUUCCAUACACUGACAUGAAAUUUUGUUAGUUUGGACUCCCCCAAAUAAGGAGAAACUGAAGAGUAUAUAAUGGCAUAUUGAAGAUCAGUAUGUAGGGAAACAACCGGCAUUAUUUCUUUCUUUAAAAUUAAAUAUAGUUUAUUCCUAAUAAUCACAAAUGUAUGUUUCACAUAACAGUAGCUUAUUUGAAUAUAACUUAGGAGUCCUAUUUGUAGGUUACAUUGAGAAUAUAAAGGUAGCAGAAAAUGAAGAUUUUAGAAUAGUACAUUCCCUGAGGUUAAAAGUGGGACAUCAUUAAUUUAUUCUUCAUGCAGAGUUUUAUAAAAUUUCUUCAUGUUUGUACUUUUAUCACUGUACAUAUGCAUUAAAAUACUUAACCAUCUUUAUUAUCUCCUAAAUGACCAAACCAUGCCAAAGGUUAGAGGAAAUAUUUCAGAAUUACUGUAUAGUGGGAGUAGCUUCUUUUGGUAAGUACUUUCAGAAAACCUACCUAGAAGCCAAAAAAUUUACUUCAUAUUGUUUUUUAAUAGCUUAAUCCUGGUAUUGUUUGUAGUUUCUAAUUAGAAAAACAUUAUUAUAGUACUUAUUUCUUUAAAAAAAAAUGGGGAGGGGGAGAGCUUCACUUUUUUUGACCAUACAUAAUUUUAAUGAUUUUCUUUUUGAAUUACAUGCCACUACCGUUUCAGAUCUUGUAGACUUUUGAAACUUUUUGUAUUAGUGGUACUCAGAAGAUAUUUAAAUUUACAUUUAUUUUUUCUUGUUUAAGUAGAGCUGAUGUGUAUAACUACUUUAGCUUCAUUCAUACUAAUUAAAGUUUUGUAUUUAUAAAAUGUAUUUAUGUUCCUCUGGAUAGAGACAUACUAGAAUAUUAGUAACCAUUACUGGCUUCAUCCUGCUGAAUAGUGCUAGUUAAGACAUUUUUUUAGGGGACAGUGCUAAUUUCAUAUAACGGACAACUGCCAGAACAUUUCGUAUGUUCUGAAGCCUUUACAUUUUCUUGAAGGCCUUUAUUUCCUAAGGGGUGGUGCUAAAAGUUAGCAGUUUUUUAAUAAAAAGAGAAAUGCUCCAUGAACAACUCAGGUCCAGCAGACAUUAUCCCUUUAACACACACCGGCAUUUUAAAAGAAAAUCAUGGUGGGCCAUCAUGAGGCAUCUGUGCUGGUAAGCUGUAAAUUACCAGUCAAGACCAAAUCUCAGGAUCUAAAUUUUCUAAAGGUAUGCAUGAAUUACAUGGAACAAAUGAGAGUUUUCAAGACCUUUUAGUCUAUGGUGGGGUUCCUUUUGAAGGUACAAAAGUUCAGAGAAAGGGAAUCUCCUCCUGAAGACUUUUCUGUUGAUGGGAAACUUUGGGGUGGUGUUGGGUAAUGAAGACAGAAGCAAAGAAAGGUAAGAAAUGUCUGCCUGUUGAUAGAGCUGUGAGGUUUCUGAUGGGGGAAACAAAGAUAAAAUGAUUUGGGGGGCAGAGAGGUAAAAACCAUAGUAAAAUGUUAAGAUUGAGCCAGUGAGCUUAGAUCGAAGGGAAAAAGAGACCUAAAAUAGCAAUAUUACCAUGCCACAGCUUUAAUAAAAUAUUUUAUGCGUGACAUGGUUGGUUAUUGAAUUUAAAAACAUAAAUUGGUUAUUAAUUAUCCUGUAAAAACUUUUAUAAAUAUGAAAAAAAAUUGUAAAUGAAUUUAAAGAGCAGUCUAUUAACACAGCAAUGCCUCAUUUUCCAGGCAUUGUCAGGAAAUGAUCAUUUGUAGAUGAGUAAAUUUGCCAGAUAACUGAAAUUUAAACCUUUAUUAAAACUUGAAAAAAAAAUUAACAUCUUUGUUAGAGCUAUUGUCAGUAUAGAGGCUGUUUGUCUGUAUCCCUGUUCUCAGAUGGUCUCAGGCUUCUCUGCUUUAUUUGUUUGCUUUUUUGGUGGUCUCUUUCUCACUUCGAAAAGUCACAUUGUUACUUCCAGUCUUUAUCAAAAGUUUUCCUCUGUACUUUUUUUGCAAUCGAGUAUAAUAUAGAAAGAAUUUUUGGUUUCCAAAAAAGGAACAGAUAAUCAACUGUUAAAUCAGUAAAUUUUAUUUUUGCACAAUUCCAAGUCAGUAGGCUUUAAGGGUAGCAGCAUACUGACAGAAAUAACGGGGUAGCCAUUUUUUUUCAGUGGCGUGAAAUAUUUUUCCCAUUUGUUUCCUGUGAUCCAGAUUGAGAUUGUCUGAAAUCUGACUGCUAAAGUGACAACAUUUGACCCAAUAUGAAUACAUAUGAAAAAGAAUAAAUAUUAACUAAGGCAAUAACUAUUUAGCAUUGAGUAGUAAAAAAUUAUUUAAGCUGGUUUUGGCAGAUAUAUUUAAAUACUAAAAUAUUGAUGGUAUCUAUUUGUAUUACAAGUUACAAGUGCUCACAGCAUGGAACAAAUCUAGAUAGGGCUGCCACUUUUGUCAAAAAGAAUUUUCUCUAUUAAGUUAAACUUGGACCUGAUUUCAAAUUUUCUCUCUUCACUCCAAAAUGGAAACCCUUAAUUACAGUUUUUGAGAUUUUUUUUUAAAGUCUCAGUGAUUUUAGAAUGGAUAUGAAGGAUUUAUCAAGAUUCAUUAUAGUAACUUUGUUUUCAGUUUUUUUUUUUUAUGCUCUUUUAUAAAUGAAUAUUUUCAGGAUCAACAGUUGCCAAGUUUAAAGCAUUGUUUUAAGGCCUGUAAGCAGUUUGUUAAAAAAGGUAACAAUACAAGUUCUCUGUGACUUGCAAAAGUGUAUAUACAUAAUUGGUGUAGCCACUUUUAGUUAUACAAUUGUCUUAAAUUUUUGCAUAUUUUUAUAUAUAAUCUAAUAUGAAACUUGUGCACGGUGGUUUUUUUGUUUUGGGUUUUUGGUUUGUUUGGGGGUUUUUUGCUUUUGAUAAGAGGAAACCCUAAAAUAUUAAGAAAUGAUAUAUAACUGGCAAUUAGUUUCAUUUUGGCAGGUUUGGGAUUUUUUUAUUUAAGAAAUUAAUAAAGAUUUGAUUAUUGCCAGUAAUUCUGUUAUGAGGAAGGAGGUAAGUUACCUUAUGAAUAGGUACUUUCACAGCCUAAAUUAAGGAAGAGCCUAAAAUGACAAAUAAUCCAUAAUUUGCUACCAAGAACAGUAGUAUUUUAUACUAAAGCUUGUUAUAAGCUCAAGAUAAAUGACAGCAGAUAAUAUAUCUGUAAUUAAUGCAAGCAUGUAUUAUAUCUACUUAAAAAUCUGUUAAUUUCUCAUAAAACUAUUAUAAAUCAUUAGUGAUCUUCAGACUCAGGGAUUCAUUCAAGUAUUGCUAUUUGUAAUUUUUCUUUAAAAAAAAUUACUCAGCAUGGAAUUCACUGAAUACAUCCAGGUGACUUACCCAGUUAUAAAUUUUUGAUGCACUUUAUCCUGAAUAAAUCCUGAUUUUAGUGGGAAGAUUUAA